AUGUCGGGUAAAGGAAAAGGAAAAACUCCUAAUAAUAGUUCGAAUAAUCCUUCGGUUGAUGUUCCUCCAGUCUAUAUUCCCGAUCCCAACAAUCCUGCAAAUUCACCCUCGACUGACAGUCAACAACCUCAAAAUGACUCCCAACCAGCUGACUCCCAACCAGCGGACCCGCAACCAGCGGACUCGCAACCAGCGGACUCGCAACCAGCUGACCCACAACCAGCUGAUCCACAACCAUCCGGGCAACCUCAAGCGUCAUCUCCCCAACAAGCAUCACAAACACCUCAAACUGCAGGUCCAGUAAUCACUACAACUCAAGCAGCAAUGUCCCCUGCUUUAUUGGCUCCAACCAAAGCCAUCACCAAUCACAUUGCAAAUGAUAAUGCAUUAAUCACUACUUCACCUAGUGCUUCCCCUACCUCUGAUAAUUCUUACUAUGGUUCUUCAGCUGACGUAUCAAGUAGUCCUUCUGGUGCAAUAAUCGGAAUAAUUAUAGCCAUUGUGGUUGCUAUAAUUGUGAUAUUUUUAACCGCAAAGAAAUUAAGUAAAUCUAGUAGAGAUAGAUUCAGGCAAAAUGCGAAUAAAUUAGACGAUAAUGGCAGUGAAUUUAAUCUUGAAGAUCAAAAAGAACUUAACGUUGCUAAAGAUCGCCAAAGUAUAUGGCAAGAUUAUAAUAGCUACAAUUAA